AUGUGGUACCUCAACAUCAAGGCGGACCCGGUGGUGACGGUGCAGAUCAAGUCUCGGAUCCGAUCGAUGAAAGCCCGCGUCUCCACCGAGGACGAGCGCGCUCGGCUGUGGCCGAUGUUGACGGCGAUGUAUCCGGAUUUCGACAACUAUCAGGCCUGGACCGACCGGAUCAUUCCCGUCAUCGUGUGCGAGCCGCUGAAGAAA